AUGCCCCAACUACACAGGCCCAGGAGAAUAGCCUGCGCGGAGAGCCCCCCGGAGGUCUCUGAGGGGGCGAAAGGAGGCGCUGGCCAGGCGAACCUCGGCUACUCCAGCGGGGAAGAAAAAGGGGAACCCUCCCUAGGGAGAAGCGCGGCGGCGGCGGCGCCGGACGGAGAGGACCAGCCGCUUCUGAGGGGAAUUUUUGAGGUCAAGAAGAAGAGCUGCGACGUGGUGCUGCGCGCCCAGAGGCUUAGCUGGAGCCCUAUCGCGCCAGAGAGCCCCUUAGGAGGUUCCAGGAUUGGUUUACAGCGAAAGGAAAAAUCUGUUGAAAUGAAAGAAGUAUUUUCCAUAAAAUUGAAACGUCGUCGUUUUGCUGGGCAAGAAAAAGGAGGCAUACUAUUAGGAAUUACUAUUUUUGCGUGUCUAAAAAAAGAAGGCAAUAAACUUAAAGAUACCACCAUCAAUCUAGGCAACAUAAGUGAAGACCAUUGUUACUUGUGGUAUAGGUCUUUGAAGAAAAUUUUGAAGGGGUUUCCAGAUCGGCCAAAGUCAUUAAAAGUCUUUAUCAAUCCAACUAGCCAUAAAAAAGAAGCUACUCGGAUUUAUUAUAAGCAAGUUGCUUCCCUCUUCAAACUGGCUGACAUCACGACUGACGUUACUGUUACUGAAUAUGAAGGUCAUGCUCUUACACUGCUCAAGGAAUGUGACUUAAAUUCUUUCCAUGGGGUGGUUUGUGUUGGUGGAGAUGGCACUGUUAGUGAGAUUGCUCAUGGUCUUUUGGUUAGAGCCCAGAUGGAUGCUGGAAAGAACUGUGACAAUGCACUUGUACCAGUCAAAUCACAACUUCCACUUGGGAUAAUACCAGCAGGUUCCACCAAUAUUUUGGCACAUACUCUGAAUGGAAUCCAACACACACAAACAGCAACCUUUCAUAUAAUAUUGGGGCAUCUAAAGUCAGUGGAUAUGUGCACUUUCAGUAGCCCUAUCAAGCUACUUCGCUUUGGAUUCUCUUCUAUGUUUGGCUUUGGAUCAAGGACCCUCGCUUUGGCUGAAAAGCACCGUUGGAUUCCACCAAAUCAGCGUAAAGAUUUUGCUGUAAUCAAGACCCUAGCAAGCCUCAAACCAGAAGAUUGUGAAAUAUCAUUCCUUCCAUUGAAGCAUUUACAGCAAAAUGGACAAGAAGAUGAUAGAAGGAAGAAAGGGAGACUUAAAACAGACAGCACAGAUGAGUGGCAGAGAAUCCAGGGUCACUUCCUGAAUGUGAGCAUUAUGGCAAUCCCUUGUCUCUGUUCAGUGGCACCAAGAGGUUUGGCACCUAAUACCAGAUUGGAUGAUGGAAACAUAGCUCUUAUAACUGUAAGGAAUACUUCCCGGAAAGAAUUUGUUAAACAUUUGAAAAGAUAUGCUAGUGAGAAAAACCAGUUCAGCUUUCCUUUUAUUGAUACUUACAUUGUUGAAGAAGUAAAAGUCUGUCCAAGAACCGGAAUGAAACAUACCCCUGCAGAUAAUCUAAACUGUAUAGAUUCUGAAGAAAAGACUUAUCCCUGGAAUAUAGAUGGAGAUUUAGUGGAAUGGGCAACAGAAGUUCAUAUCCGGGUACAUUCCCAGUUGAUCAAUCUGUAUGGAGGAAAUGUUGUUAUUUUGGAUAAUCUGAAAGAAUCCUGCAGUUGUAUUUAGAAAUAAUCUACGAAAAAAAUUACGGUACCUACUUUCCACCCCAAUCAUAUUUAUAUGACAAAAUUUGCAUAAAGAUAUGGAAGUCUGGAUGAUUCAAGUUAGAAGUAUGCAGUGUAUCUCAAGAUUCAACUCAGAACACAAUUCAGAGUCAUGGGAAAAUACCCACUUUCUUAUUGGGACAAGUGCUGUUACCUUCACCUUCAGGUUGGAUCAAGGCAUAUUUUGUGAUUCCUGUUUUGGGUUUUGUAUGCAAAUCACCCAGCUGUAGCUCUGACAAAUUUGCAGGAAUAUUAAAUAAUUAGGGGAGAUUGCCUAUAUUAGAGAAAUAAUGUAGACUUUGGGGAAGUCAGCUCUUUCGGUGUUAAAAUUAUUUUAGGUUCAUACCGGUAACUUCAUUGUUUUUAGACAGAACUAGAUGUUGCUUAUCCCUAAAAUUGCACCCUCAUUUUUCAGACAGCUGGCUCAAAGUGAUGGAAGGAGGA